AUGGCGGUCCUUCCCUUCACCCCAGACAUAAACAUCGCCGUUCUUGUGGAUGCUGAGCCGGCCAAGGAGUACCAACCCUGGGAGUUCCCCGAACUCUUUGACGCAGCCAUAAAUCAAGGCAUCCCCCACACCAAAUGCUACAUUCAGUCUCAAGCUGGAUAUCCUUAUGCCAUUCGCUUCAGGAUCUCUUCUCUCUUCACAUUCCCCGAUGACACUGAUGCUGUCACCAUUUCCGUCUAUGUCGAUGGCAAGCCUUUCGAUAACAAGUGUAUCCGAAAAAGCACGCUCGCUGGUGCAUCGAAUCUUGGCGUAGAGCCAGUCUUUGAGGACAUCCGACCUGUGGAUGAGGCUGAUGGCGAGUCUGUCAACAGUGAUCUCCAGCGCAUCAAGACCUUGGGGACUAUCCAAGUCGCUAUUGAGGUUAGGAAGCAAACCGCCCCUGUCCCGAUGGGCGAUGAUGACUUCUGUGACGAUAACAGAAAUGAGUCUCUCGCCAUCGACAACAAGGCGCUUCUACUCAAUGGACAUGUCCAAAUCCAUGGGACCACAUAUGUUUGUGCCUAUGAAACUCGUCGGAUGACAUACACCACUGUUGUUGUCGAGCAGCACCUCGGAAACUUCUUCUUCUUUUAUUCAUCUCAUUCUCCUGGGGCUCAGUUCUUCUUCCAACCUAGAUUCAUCGACAGGUUUGCUGAUGAUAUGAUCCAUAUCCUCUCACUCCCAAAGGUGAAACACAUGUUGAAUGAAGAAGUUGACAACACAUAUAUUGGCAAUCAGUAG